UCUGCAGGAUGGAUGCAACGCGCUGUCCUGCUCACAGAGACACGCUGGUUCUGCACAUUCAUUCUUUAGGGUGGAGGCGUCGUGAGAAAGUGCAGUCUAUGGCAUUUAAUCACAGUGGACACGUCUGCAGGCAAAUCCAUCGUCAAUCACAGAAAUAAACAGCAAGAAUGUGAAAAUAGAGAAAUUAAAUCAUCUCUAACUUUUCCGAGCUGGAAACGACGAAUACCGGCCUUUAUUGUCUGACUUGUUUGUUGAUUUGUUUGUCGGUUGCGUCGUGGUGAAGUCGCUCUCGACAGCAGAUGGCAGAAGAGGCCAGAGAAACGUCAGCUCUGACGUCACUCCCGCCUGUACCGGUCACGUGACCGCCGCGGAAGUCAACAAACCGGGCGGGCAGCGAAAUGUCAAAACGAAAAGCACUUUACUUAUUUUACUUCCUUGUUUUCUGUCUGUCGUUGAAUGUUUUCAGAUUUAAUGCGGUGUAAAAAACGAGUCCUUAAAUUCAACCGCGUGCCUUUUAAAUGUCACAUGUUGGACGUACUUUCCGUCAUUUAGCGGUGAGUGAGCCGACGUUGACGUACCGUUUCAAGAUGGGGAGUGACUCUCUCCUCUCGAGCGUUAACGUGGUGCUCGUAAUGGCCUACGGUAGUCUGGUGUUUGUUUUGCUCUUCAUCUUCGUCAAAAGACAGAUAAUGCGGUUUGCCAUGAAGUCUCGUAGAGGACCACAUGUUCCCCUUGGCCACAACGCUCCCAAGGAGCUGAGACAAAAAAUAGAAGCCAAACUGUGCCAGGUUCAGAAAAUCCACUUUGAGCCCCGUCUGCUGUUCCCAGAUGAUGAACGGCUAAAGCAAAGAGAACUGUGUGGUUCCCAUGACUACCUGUACAGGAUGAGAGCACUGGAUGCCGUCAGAGACACUGAUCUCCCUUUCCGUGAGCUCGGCGGCUCAUCCACCGCCGUGACGGGUAAAAGACUUCGGACGUGGCUUCUCCAGCUGAGAAACAAUCACUGCGUGUUCCGAGACAGCCUGAGCUCGCUCAUCGACACGGUUCUGGACGGGUACAACAAAGCCCGUUACGGGGCAGAGGCUUUUGGUGAAGCAGAGUAUUUUAAAUACCAUGAAGCUCUGACUGAAUUGACCUCUGUCGUCAAGUCUCACAGCGCUAGCAGCUCUCCGAGCCAGUACCACCAGUCCGCAGCCAAAGACCUGACCGGCACCACGGAGCCAGCGAGCGCCUCCUCCCCCACCCAAACUACCUCCCUCACGUCUUCAAUGCAGCAGCGCAGCAAGCGGCCCAGACACUUCCUGGAGCUGAAGAACUUCAAAGACAACUACAACACUCUGGACAGUUCCUUCUGAAAUUCUUUCCAAAAGAAAGAUCGUAAACUACGUGUAGCUGUCAGGGAUUAAAGUGCCUAUGGACGACGACAGGUCACCGGGUAGUUUAGAGUGAUGAUAAAAACACUGCCUUCGCUUACCCAAAACGCUUAACCAAAACUGGUUCACAGUUGAAUGCAUAUCAGACUCAGUGCUCUUUAUCUAAGUGUAGCCUAUGCAUAUAACCUGUAAUAAUGCAUGUGCAGGGUAAGUUAGUAGGGUUGAUUUGACCAAAACCAGAGCUAUGGGGCUAUGCAAUGGCACAAGACAAUCAGUAUUUAUUGCACAAUGUAGAGGCCUAUGCAGACUUGUUAAAAUGACUCAACUGGAUUAAGACUGGCUUAUAGUUAACAAUGUUUGUUGAGAAACCCAGUGUUAAUGUUUGAAACGCACACACUGUUUAUGUCACUUAUGUUUACAUCGUUGUAUGUCACUACUGUUCAUUUGCUGCUGUUAAAUUGACGGGCUGUUUUGGAUUUUUGCCUUAAUUGUUUGUUUUAUAGAAGUCAUACUUGACUUAAUGAAUUUUGAUGAUAGUAAUCUCUCUCAGUGCAAUGUAAUUUAAAAGUAUUCUGGUACAUUAAUGCACCAGGGAAAGUAUUUUCCUAAACGUGUCUUUGUCAAAAGGUAGACUGGCCUCCAGAUUCUUGAAUUAUGUGGAUUUUUUUGCGAUUUAGGGUUCCCAUGAGGGUGAAUCAUUUAUUUUCUGUGGUUGUUAUAGUUGCUAUCCAAAUAAAACAAUGAAAUACA